AUGUCAGCAGAGCAAGCCAUUCAGAUUGCUGCUGAACUGAACCUAGCCAUACAGGAUGCCUUAUUGAGAAACAGCAAGUCUUCAAUUACCAAGACUCUAUUCCCUAGUCUUCACAGCAAACUAGGGUGCCAGCCCUUGAAGGGCAUGCCCUUUAUGACAAACUCGAUGCCGUUGACACAUGGAAACCUUUGGAUAUUCGCCCGCCGCGAGAUUACAUACAUCCUCGAACUGCGUACUUUACGUACAGGGCAUACGUUGGCCGUUAUUGGCAUCGCCACAGUCACUGCCGUGGAUUGGAAACUGGAUUUUCCAGGAUACAGACUUCAAGGAAAUGGAGGGAGUUCAUCACCGCAGAUCCCUCCAGAUCCUCCAAGUUUGUAUUGA